AUGUCGUUUCAAAAUACUGGGGUGUUACAAGAAAUUGAUACAACGCAUAAUAAUGAAGUCUCUCGUGAUCUGAAUAUGAUAUAUGGAACCCCAGUAUGGAUUUUAGACUAUUAUAAGGGAAAGCUAAAGUAUUUACGUGGGAACUUAAGAGAUACAAAUUUGGGUAAAAAUGUAAUGGUUGAAUUUAUACCAGAUAGUUCCAAAAACAUCAUAAAAAUAAAAAGCUAUCCAAAAGAGAAUAUCAACCUAAUUGAAGAUAAUCCAAUAAAAAGUCCAGAUUUAGUUUUUUUAGAUACAACAACAUCUCAUGGAAUAGCUCAUAUACUUGGUGAUAGAUGUACAGCUGGUUUUUAUUACACAUUUAGUGGUAAAGUGCUAAUUUUUGUACUUCCUAAAGGGAUAUCAAUUUCACGACUAAUGCAAACUUAUGAUAAUGUUCAAGUUCAAAAGUUUUGGAUGGAAAUGACUACUAGAUAUGAACCUCAUAUUUUUUCAGUUACUAGACAAUCUUUAAUAUCAUUUAAUGAAAAAUAUAUGGACCAAGCAUUGAUAGCUAUGGGAACUGAGGGCACAGGUAAAUGUCUAAAUAUUCACAUGAUAGUUCGAUUCUUGGCUAAGAACUUAAGUUUAUACAAGCACUUAAGAAGUUCUAUUACUAUUUCUGAAAAAGUAGCUGCAAUUACUCAUUUAAUAAGAUCUUUAAUACAAUUCCCUGGUGAAUUAAUCGUUAGUCAAGAUAGGCUAUCACAAUUUGGAACGAGUGCUGCAGGUCAAAUCUGGAGAAUUUACAUUGAUAAAGAAUCUUGCUUUUGUGGAAUUAAUAUAUUUGUGUGGGGCCUAAAUACAAAUAGCUUAACAUACUGGAGUCGACAUACUGGUCAGCCUUUAUUUAAUAUCUUUUAUCAGGUUGCUCAUGGUAUUAUUUUAGAAAAAGAUAACCCUUUAAUAAAAGGAUUAGAAAUAACAGAUUCAGAGAGGGAUUUAUAUUUGAUUCAAGUAUCUCCACAUUUAAGAUCAAAUAUAUCAGACCAUCUAAAAAACUUUAGAAUGACAAUAGGAUCUUUACACUCACUAGGAUUAAGUGAUGAACAAAAGAUUGAAUUUCUUAAGAUAUUGGUUUCUGUGGUAGUAUCCGAUGCAUAUGUAUCUCUUUUGAUAAAUGCUGCAGAUGAUAACAUAUCAUCUAUAAAAAUUGUGGUUAUUCCAAUGUUAUCUCGUUUAUUAGGUGUGUCAGUUGAGCAGUUAAGUAAAGCAGCAACUACUAUUUAUUCAUUUAUACAACUCAGUGUAGGUUUAUAUUGUAGGCUGGUAGACUGGAUCACAGAUGCUGUAAAUAAGAAUAUCAGACCUCCACCUAACUAUGAUAUACAUACUCUAAAUUCAGUAUUUUUAAUCCAUGGUCCGGGUAUAGCAGUAAAUGGGUAUUCUUUAUCAAAUGCUCUCCAAAAUUAUUUUGAGGAACAUAUUAAAAAACUUUAUAUAUAUGAUACAUUUACACGUGAGAGACAGGUUUAUAGCUCUGAAGAUAUACCAUUACCUCCAGUAAACUAUAGAGAUGUGCAUCAAUCUUUAGAUAUUUUUGAUUCAGAGGAUUUUGGGUUAUUAAAGGCACUUAGAACAGUCUCAAGGCGUCAGAGAAAAUUAUAUGAAUUUUUAGAAGAAUUAGAAAAAGAUUGUGAAGCAGCAACCCCCGUAAUGUACAAAUCAACUCCUUCUGAUGAAUUUGGAAGAAUAGAUUUGGAACCUUCACGAGAAAUAUUCAAUAAAUUACUUAAAAAUAAGCCAAAUGAUAAAUUAAAAUAUAUUAGUGAAUUAACUAAGGAUAAUAAGCCGUUAAAUAAGAAGGGUGGAGAAUUAAUCUCCAAGAAAUUUUCUAGCAAAAAAUUAAAUAAAAACCCAACUGAAAAUGAAAUUUCUGACCAAGAAGAAUGGGUAAAAGUGAUUCAAAAUCGUCAAUGUAAAAUUUCCACGAGUUAUCAUCAAGAUAUUAGGGAUCGGAUUAUUAAUUUAAGAAGACCUAGAAUGAAUAAAAAUAACUAUACAGAUGCAAAAGGGAAUGAUUUAUUUAGUGUUGUAGCUGAUAAUUUUAAAAUUGACGGAGUUGAAUCAUUAAACCAAUCAACUGUAUAUAUUGAAAAUGAAUCACAAGAUGAUAUACCCGAAUUUUUACCAGUAGAAAUAUCUAUUGAGCACUCAUUUGGUCAAUAUAAUUAUAAUAUUUUAGGUAUGGCUGAUGAAGAUAUUAUGAACCAAGUUAGUCCAGCUAUUGCAAAAUUGUUUAGAAAAUCUAAAAAUUCGAUAAUUAAGAAUUGUUGGAGUACUUUAGAAAAGAGUGAACAAAAAAAAUCUCAAGAUAAAAAUGUAAAUAAAGCAAAUAAAAAAAGAAAUAACGAAAAUAUUGAAGAAGAUGUAGAUAUUAUACAAUUUGAAGAAGCAUGGAAUAAGGCAAAUUUAGAUAUGGAUAUGAACUGGCUACGCCUUAGUGCAUUACCAGGAUGUCCAUCAAUGUCGCAAAUUGCCUAUACAUCAUCAAUAUUACUAGGUAAAUUUUUAAAAGAAUCUGAAAAUAGAUAUAUAAUUUGUUGUAAAAGCUUUAAACCUCACAUAACUCUCCCAGAUAAAGAAAACGAAUUAAAUAAUGAAUUAGAUACUGUAGACGAAGGAGUUAUAGCUGAGGAGAUUGUUAGAUAUGAUGUAACGGCACAAGUAAUACAUCAACAAUAUGGCUACACAGUUCGUAUACCCCUAAGGAUUUUCUUAUAUAACUUUAGUCAAAUAUUUAUACCUCGUAUUUAUAAGCAAGGGAUAGAGCAAAUAAAAAAUAAUGAUAAUUUAGGGGAUGCAGUUAGGAUAUUAAUGGAAGGAAUGGAUGUUCCUCCUACAGAAUAUUUUAUUGGUAAAUAUAGCAUUUUUAUUCGUAAUAAAAUGAUUUUAGUUUUAGAAAAAAGGCGUGAAGAAUAUCUUAAAGCUAUGUUACCAGCAGCCAUUAAACUCCAACAAGCAUGGAGAACUUUAAGACCAAGACUGUUUUUAGCACAACUACACUCUUUUAGUGUUAGAAUUCAAGCUUUGGCAAGAAGAAGAUUUGUAAAGAUUUGGUGUAAGUCAGUAGCUAUAUUACGUAAUUUACUAUGCGGAAUAUCAUUAUUAAUCCAUUUAACUAUUCCAUGGGUUAAAACUUCAACAAUCUUUGAUAAAUUGGAGGAAUUGGCUUAUAAACGUGAAGAAGAACACCAAUUCUUUAGAAAUACAGCAGCUACAGCUAUUCAAACAUGGUGGAGAGGAGAAAUGGUUCGGCGUAAAAUUUUGAUACUUCAUUAUAAUCAAUUCAGAGAAUUUUCUAUUCUUGUUAUACAAUCCACAUGGCGUACAUUUAAAGCCCAAGCAACUUUAGUUGAAAAAUUAGCAUUUGCAAAAACUCCAAAUUACAAGGCUACGAAAAUUCAAGCUGUAUUUCGUGGCUGGAGAGAACGUAAACGUUUUGGAAAACUAUUUAAACUGAAUCGAUGCUUAUUAGCUCUAAAACGUAAAUCCUGUAUUCGAAUAGGUAUUGCAAAACACAUUGAAUAUAGAGGAAUGUUAAGACGUAGUCAUAUAUCUAGAGAACAAAUACGGUCUCAUAGAGAAAUAGUCAAUAAAGCUAUUAUAAUCCAAAGAGUUUUUAGGAUGGCAUUUUAUAGAAAACAAUAUUUAACUUUGAUACAUGCAGCACGAGUUGUGCAAUGCCGUGCAUAUACUUGCUUAGAAGUUUAUAGAUAUUUUAAAGUGCUAAAAUCUGCAUCAAUGAUUCAACAUUGGUGGCGUGCAUUAUAUAAAUUCAAAAUAUUAUUAAAUUCAGGUGAUAUAUUAAUGAAAAGAUUAAAACAAUUCCCAGUUCGCAUAAAAUUAAGUCAUGAUCCUGUAAAACGUAAUGAAGAAUUUCAAAAUCUAUUAAAUAGAGAAUUUAUACAAUUCGAUAUGAUGAGAUAUCCCUUGUUGAAAAUGCAAGGAUUAUUUCAACCUUUGGCAAGAAUUGUUGAAAGUAAUACAGUCUUUUUAAAUCCAGUUGAACUUAAAAUAUCACAUGAUAUACGUGAAUCUUAUCCUAGUACAUGGGGCAGAUGCUUUGUAACUUUAUGUAGACGAUUAUGUGCAGCUAUUUUUGAUAUAGCUCCAACUAAACAAUUUCCACCACUUAAAAUUAUUCAAUUCUCAAUUGGCCAGAAUCAUUCUUUAGCUUUAAUAGCCGAAAGAGUUUUAGCUGGACAAGAUAAUAGUGAAUCUGCAACAUUUGACACAACUUCAAUGAAUAAGAACAAUUCUAAAAGACUCAAUAAUGAUAAUCAUCCAGAUAAUGAAAAUUUUAAACAAAAUCAUGCAUUAAUUGGACAACAAUCUGGCAAAUUAUUAAAUUUUGAGUAUAAAAAUCAUGUCUAUGCGUGGGGGUUGAAUAAUGCUGGGCAGUUAGGAUCUUGUGAAAUUGAUCGUUCUUCUACAAAUAUCAAAGAACCUGUCCAAUUUAUUGAUUCGGAAUAUCGUUAUACAAAGUGUUCAGAUACUGGUAAUAGGAUUCGUUAUUUAUUAAGACAAGUGGAUUAUACAAGAAAAAUACGUUGGGUUGGAUGUGGAACUGAUUACUCUGCAGCUAUAACAUAUGAUGGUAAAUUAUUUACCUGGGGUGAUAAUACUUUUGGACAAUGUGGACAUGGUCAUGAUAUAGAUUAUGUUUCAAGCCCCGAAGUACUUAAGGCUUUAAAAGAGGAACAAAUAUAUAUGGCAUCAUGCGGAUCAAGACAUUGUGCUGUAGUUACCCAGAAUGGAGCUGUUUAUAUUUGGGGUGCAGGUAGUCAUGUAUGCCUUGAAGAUAACCGAUUUGAAAAAUUAUGUAACAAAAUGAAAGAUUAUGACUUAGUAAAAGUGAGUUCAAAUUUUUAUGAGCCAUAUAGAAUAGAUCUUGGUAAUUUAGAAGAUCAUAAUCAAAAAUAUGGAACUAAAAAUCAAGAUAAAGGAAGUUGUUAUUCUACAAAUGGAUGUCUAAAAGCUUCAUCUAAUAGUUUUAUGUAUGGAGGAAUAAGACAUUUAAUAUGUGGGAAUGGUUUUAACAUUAUAUGUGGUCAAGAUUUAUAUAUCUGGGGUAGAAAUGAUAAGGGACAAUUAGGUAAUAGUAAUAGAAAGCAUGUAUUAAAACCCCAAAUAUUGAAGUUACCCACAUUAGAGUCUUUGAAUUUAAAAUUUUUUGGAAACAUAAAAAAAAAGACAAGAAGGAGAAGCCUAAUUGCAUUAUCUUUGGGUAACAGGACUAUCAUAUCAUCAAUAAGUGCAGGUUCUGACUUUGUUGCUGCUACAAUAGAAAAUGGUGUUAAUAUUAUGUAUAUAUGGGGUCACUUUUCAGUUUUUGAUCAUGUUAGCUCUAGUAAUAAUUUACUUAGCUCUUCCAAUUUUAUAUUCCAAAACCAGAUACUUGCUUCCAAAUCUUCUUUAAAAUCAAUGAGUGAGUCCUGUAUAGUAGAUAAAGCUAUACAUUGUCCCACUAUAGUUAGACAUCCUUUAUGGGAAAAUAAAAUAUUAACACAAGUAGCUUGUACAAUCAGAUCUGUUGCAGUGAUAACAGAGGAUAGUGAAUUAUAUGGUUUUGAUGCCGUUGAAUUAUUUAAAACAGAAUCUGGAAAACUUGUUAAUAUUACAAAAUUUGUUGAGAGGAAUACUUCUGAAAUAGAUGAAAGUUUACUCAAAUGGAAAAUCCCCAAUAUAUCAAAAAAGGAUGCAAAACCUGAAAAAAAAAAAGUAAAUAUUCCAGAUAGUUGUAAAGAUUUACCAAUUCUCUAUAUACCAGAAAAUUAUAGUAGAAGUACUCAUUCAAAACAUGAUCAUAAUGAAGUUCAAGUUAAUACCUUAUUUUAUUUUGAGCCUAUGUUAUAUCAGUAUAGAUGUGUUAGAAAUACUCAAAAGGUAGGUUUAUUAACAGAAAAAGUUUGUUCUAGUAUUAGUUCUACAAUGAGUAUAUUGUGGGUUCAACAUAGACGUCAAGCAUUAUCUCAAUCUAUUCAAAAAUCAGUAGAAAAUACUGAUUUUAAUUCAAAUAAAAUAGAUACAAAUCGUAAACUUAUUACUCAAUACAGUAAAAAUAUAGAAAGUAAUAAAUCUAUUGAAAUAAAACCCACAGAAUUGAAAAACAUAAAUUCUAGUAAUAAUACUGAAAUAGAUUUACAAGCUAAAUUACGAUCAUCUAUUUAUGAUAUAAGUGGUAAAUCAUUGGGUCCAAAUAAUAACUUCAAAUUAGAUACUUCAAUAUCUUCAAAUUCAAACCAAUCUAAUAAUUCUAAACCAGCUAUUUCAACUCCAAGUUAUAAUUUAUUGUAUAGAGUUCAACCGAAAGAUUAUAUUCCUUCAUAUUUAUAUAAGGAUACACAUAAAACUAGAGGAAUUGAUAAUAUUGGUGGUAGUACACUUAAUGGCUUAUUAAAUAAACUAGGAAGUAAUUUAUAUCUCGAUCAUGAAUUGAAUGAUAUUUCAUAA